AUGGAUAGCAGUGAUGCUAGUGUGUCAGGCUUUCGCGACAGAAAUGUUGAAUACGAAAACCGCCUGAAACUCGUGGGAAAAAGAAAAGUGUUAAGGAAACACCAGAAGGAAGUACUUCCUGAGAAGCCUUCCAUUUGCACCGCCGACGAGCUUCACUAUGUGUCCGUGUCCAAUUCCGAUUGGAGGCUGGCACUGUGGCGGUACCAUCCUUCUCCUCAGGCACCUCGAAGGAAUCACCCUCUGUUACUGUUGUCGGGAGUUGGCACUAACGCCAUUGGAUAUGACCUUUCUCCUGGGUCAUCAUUUGCACGCUACAUGUCUGGUCAGGGUUUUGAAACCUGGAUCCUUGAAUUACGAGGAGCUGGUUUGAGUGUCAAUGGUUCAAAUUCCAAAGAUAUUCAAAAGUCUUCCCAAGCAAUAUCUGACAGGAUGGAAGCUACUUCAGAAAGUGCAUCUAACUCGAAUGGAGUUGUGGCCUCAGAAAAAGAGUUGAAUAACAUUUUAGAUGCAAUAUCUGACAAGAUGGAAUCUGCUUCGAAGAGUGCGUCGAAGUCAAAUGGUGCUGUGGCUUCAGAAAAAGAAUUGAAUAACAAUUCAGAAGCAAUAUCUGAAUCUGACACUUCUUCCUCCCUGGAAGUAGAAACUGGCAAUGGUGCAGUCAGUGAAGAACUUACUAGGUUAGCUACUGUUUGGGAUGAAUCAAAAUUGGUUGCAAGGUUGACAGAGACUUUUAUGCGUUUGUCUGAAAGAGUAUCUGGGUUUCUUAGUGAUAACCAAUCUAAGAUAAUGUCUACCAAAUUACUUGAUCAAAUAUCAAAACUUUUGGUUGAUUCUCCAUUAUAUGAACGAUUCAAUGAGAUAAGAGGAAAGCUUUCAGCUUUGUUGGAAACAGGGCAAAACUCUGGUAUUACUAAUCAAAUAAUUGAUCUGAGUCAAAAGCUAGUAAAAAUUAUUGAGGAAAGCCAGCUCUCUGUUUCUCCUCCGUUAUUUGAUCUACAAGCACGCUUCACUUCUACCAUAGAAGAUUUUCAAAGGCAACUUGAUUUGAUGGUGAAGUAUGAUUGGGACUUCGAUCAUUACUUGGAAGAAGAUGUUCCUGCUGCGAUAGAAUACAUAAUGAAUGAAAGCAAGCCAAAAGAUGGUAAAUUGCUUGCAAUUGGACACUCCAUGGGUGGUAUCUUGCUGUACUCGAUGCUGUCACGGUUUGCUUGUGAAGAAAAAGAAUCCAGAUUAGCUGCAGUGGUUACACUAGCAUCAUCUUUAGACUACACGUCGUCCAAAUCAACUCUAAAGUUGCUCUUACCCCUUGCAGAUCCUGCACAGGCUCUGAAUGUCCCUGUUGUUCCCUUGGGAGCAAUGUUGGCUGCAGCUUAUCCUCUUUCAUCUCGUCCACCAUAUGUGUUAUCAUGGUUAAAUACUUUGAUUUCUGCUGAGGACAUGAUGGAUGCAGAUUUGUUAAAAAGGCUGGUCUUAAAUAACUUCUGUACUAUACCAGCAAAACUUAUCUUGCAACUCACAACAGCAUUUAGAGAGCGUGGGUUAUGUAACAGGAAUGGGACCUUUUUCUACAAGGAUCAUAUACACAAAAGCAAUGUCCCUAUCUUAGCUAUUGCUGGAGACCGAGAUAUGAUUUGUCCACCUGAAGCUGUGGAAGAAACUGUUAAGCUGAUUCCUGAUCACCUGGUUACCUAUAAACUUUUUGGCGAGCCUGAAGGUCCACAUUAUGCUCAUUAUGACUUGGUUGGAGGAAGAAUGGCGGUGGAGCAGGUUUAUCCAUGCAUAAUUGAAUUUCUGAGUAGUCACGACAAGUGAUUUACACCAUCAAUUUCAUCAAAUGCAUUGUUCUUUGACCAUGCUUGAUUACUAAAUCCCAAAGAGGCAUAGUAUAUCUUUUCUCAUGUGCCUUUUGCACAUCCAUUUGGAGCUUAUGCUUACACAUGUGGGUGUGGAUGUUACUCGCAGCAUCACUAUGUAUAUGUUACCGUACAUAGUCUAUACAAGAAAGUUGAGAGUUUAAGUUUAUAGAUCCUUUUGUGCUUUGAAGUUUUCCAAGGGUAGAGUGAUAGGAAUUAUAUACUUUUAAGAUGAAUCUGUAAGAACAUAGUAUUUGCUUGCGGCAUAGUCCCUGAUAUCUGAAUUGCUGUAAAAGUUGUGUAAAUACCAUGCCCUGCUCAAGUUUCUUCAAUGAAUUUGGACCAAGCCAACUGGUCAGGUUUUGGUAAGACUCACUUAUCGAUGUAAUUCUUUCCUUUUUCGAAUAAUAAAAAAAAGAAAAUGUUUUAUUUGUUCA